UCGACCUAGGGUUUCAUUGCGAGAGCACGCGGCGGCAAUGGCGGACGCGCAUGAGGCGGAAUGCGAUCUGCUUAUCGAUUUGCUAUUGGCGGAUACGGAUGAAGAGGCGGAGGAGGAGAGGAGGAGGCUGAGAGGCCGCAAAGGGGGAAAGAAGAAGAAGAAGACGGCGAGCAAGGUGGGGAAAGCGGAGGGGGAUAGUUCUGCAACAGCAGCGGAUGCGGCGAGGAAGACCGAGCUGGCGAGGGUGCGGAAGCUUGUGGAAGCGCAGAAGGACAAGGUCGUGAACCGGCCGGAGCCCAAGCCGAGGGUCCUGCCGGAGGUGGUCGACCUGGCGGCGGCGGCCGCGUGCAGAGCCGCGGCGGAGGAAGCGCGCAGGAAGAACCAGCGGGCGGAGCAGCUGGCCGCCAUGGACAAGUGGCUCAACACGGGUGACCCCGAAGCCGGCGAUUGCUGGGAUCGGUGGGUCGAAGAAGACAUGGAGGCCAUCAGACUACUGCAGGGGGAGGAAUCGGAUGAUUCUGCGGAGUACAUGUUGGAUCCUCUGGCCGUCGAAGCCAAGAAUUACCACCAGUUCUGGAACGAACUCUGGACCGACUGCUGCGGUUCCUACGAGGACACCACGCUUAUCCCACCGAUGCUAUACACCGACGUCAAGCCUACUACCCAUCCGUCCUACCCGAUGAGAACACUGCAAGUCUUCAAGGUGAAGAUUGCCGCGAUACAAGAGGAACUACAUUGGCCACUUCAAGUAUUUGGGAUAGUUGCGGCGCGUGACUCCAUAGAUCGCAACCGCAAUGUCAUCUUCCACCGCAAGAGAGAUAACUGCCAAAUCAUCCACGAGGAGAGUCCAUGUCUAACACUGACAGGUCCUACUCGUGCAAUUGUGGUAGUGGAUCCCGUAUGCUUUGAAGUUGAUUUAAAAGUGAAGGGCAGUACUGAAGCUGAUGAUAGAGAUUUAAGCUAUCUACUUGUCCACUAUCAUGAUUCUGGCUCGAUGAAUUCGUAUGUGUUUGAUCGAGUCAGCACUAGCAAGCUUAGUACCAUUGACUUUUCAUUCGGAGACAUCGUGAAUUCUGUGGAGGCUACAAUUAGCGUGAAGAUCAUUUCUUCUUCGCCAUGGCCAGAGGGUUUUGGUGGCUUGUUUUAUGCCAAUACCACUAGCCUAGAUGGCAUGAAGAUUGACCUGCUUGCUUUUGGAGAUGGUAACUUGGCUGUUGGAGCUGAUGGGACGAUAGAACUUUCGCGACGUGUUGUUUCCGUUGAGCUUGAUGGAGAGUUGAGAGUUUCAAUUAUGGCAACUUCUUUGAAGGAUAGAUCUGUGGAGAAAGAUUCAAAGACAUUGAAAGCCGAGAAAGCUAGCAGACGUGACAUUGAGCUUAAAGUUCUUGGUUGCGAGAUGAAGGUGACCGUGGCCUGGUCUGUUGUCCCAAGUGUGCCGCAGUAUCGUAGCUAGGUUUGUCUUUUCUUGUCGGUAUGUGUUAUGUGAUGGUACUGUGCUACGCAUCCAAUGUUUAUCUCCUUAUCUUAGUUGUAAUACGAACAAAUUAUCUGAAUGGAGAAGUUUAGUUAGUUUACUUUGAUUC